UUUUGCGAAACUGUGGAACAUCUAUAGUCAUUGUGUACAUUGUCAGAGACGGUUAGACAGCAAAAUAAGGAAAAUUAGCAUCUACCAUGCAGGUAAUAAGGGAUAAAGCUGUUCAAGAUUACCGAAAAAAGCUUCUCGAACAUAGAGAAGUGGAAUCUCGAUUGAAAGAAAUGCGAGAUAAUCUGAAAGAUUUAACAAAACAGUAUGACAAGUCAGAAAAUGAUUUGAAGGCUUUGCAGAGCGUUGGUCAGAUUGUUGGAGAAGUAUUAAAACAACUCACGGAGGAAAAAUUUAUAGUGAAAGCAACUAAUGGGCCGCGGUAUGUUGUUGGUUGUAGACGACAGCUUGAUAAAAAUAAAUUGAAAUCUGCAACGAGAGUGGCAUUGGAUAUGACUACUCUUACUAUAAUGCGUUAUUUACCUCGCGAGGUUGAUCCAUUAGUGUACAAUAUGUCCCAUGAAGAUCCUGGUGAUGUUACAUAUAGUGUAAUUGGUGGUUUAAGCGAACAAAUAAGGGAGUUGAGAGAAGUUAUAGAAUUACCACUACUAAAUCCAGAACUAUUUCAAAGAGUAGGUAUAACUCCACCAAAAGGAUGCCUCUUAUAUGGCCCUCCAGGAACUGGGAAAACAUUAUUGGCUAGAGCUGUAGCCAGUCAGUUGGAUGCAAACUUCUUGAAAGUUGUAUCGAGUGCUAUUGUUGAUAAAUACAUUGGCGAAUCUGCACGAUUGAUUAGAGAGAUGUUUAAUUAUGCGCGGGAUCAUCAACCAUGCAUUAUAUUCAUGGACGAAAUUGAUGCAAUUGGUGGCCGCAGAUUCUCUGAAGGAACAAGUGCGGAUAGAGAAAUUCAAAGAACGUUGAUGGAACUCUUGAAUCAAAUGGAUGGUUUUGACUCUUUGGGCCAAGUUAAAAUGAUAAUGGCAACAAACAGGCCAGAUACCUUGGACCCUGCUUUAUUACGACCUGGUAGAUUAGACAGAAAAAUUGAAAUACCUUUACCCAAUGAACAAGCACGUCUAGAAAUUUUGAAGAUUCAUGCUGCACCUAUAUCGAAACAUGGAGACAUUGAUUAUGAAGCGGUGGUUAAGCUUUCCGAUGGAUUCAAUGGAGCCGAUUUGAGAAAUGUCUGCACCGAAGCAGGGUUAUUUGCGAUAAGAUUAGAAAGAGAAUAUGUAGUGCAAGAGGACUUUAUGAAGGCAGUAAGAAAAGUGUCUGACAAUAAGAAACUUGAAUCCAAAUUGGAUUAUAAGCCACUCUAAUCAGUCUAAACAGUUACAAAUAUAUCAAUUACUCACUAACAAAUGUGUGGUUAAAUAAAACGAAUUUACUUUGUUGUAAUAUUAUUUGUAUUUUAUGGUAGAAACGUAUGCUUCGUAAUAUGGAAUCAUUGGUUCAAACUUAGUUAUAGGCUGUACAAUAGAAUACAUUCUUUUGUGACAGAAACAUUUCUUAAAUGUCAAAAAUUACUCAACAGUACUCGAAAGACGUGUCUUCUUCCUCUCCAAAUAUUCUUGUACAUUGUCAUACUUUCUUUUAUAUAAAAUUGGAAAUAAAUUUUGCUUAAUGGAA